GGCGCCGACCUCCAGGCGCGGCUCGGCCUCGCCUCGCCGCCCCGCGCCGCCUCCACCGAGGGCCCUCUGCCUGGGGCCGCCCCAGUUCCCGCCUGCAGUGUCCGGGCCUCCUCCGCUUUGCAUUUGCUCGGCGCUGGGUUCUGGCUCUUCUGCUGGCUGUCCCCGGGCGUCGGCGGGCUCAGCCUGACCCCGACCGGACCUCGUCAGCCAUCAGCACGCGACUGAGCAGCUCCGGCCCAAUGAAGAAAUUGAAGCAAUGGCAGCCAUCUAUGGCGAUGAAUGGUGUGUCAUUGACGACUGUGCCAAAAUAUUUUGUAUUAGAAUUAGCGACGAUAUAGAUGACCCCAAGUGGACACUUUGCUUGCAGGUGAUGCUACCGAAUGAAUACCCAGGUACAGCUCCACCUAUUUAUCAACUGAAUGCUCCGUGGCUUAAAGGGCAAGAACGUGCAGAUUUAUCGAAUAGCCUUGAAGAAAUAUAUAUACAGAAUAUUGGUGAAAGUAUUCUUUACCUGUGGGUGGAGAAGAUAAGAGAUGUUCUAAUACAAAAAUCUCAAAUAGCAGAACCAGGCCCGGAUGUAAAGAAGAAAACUGAAGAGGAAGAUGUUGAAUGUGAGGAUGAUCUCAUCUUAGCAUAUCAACCAGAAAAUGCAGUUAAAGCAUUGGAUUUUGCUAUCAGUGAAAAUCGAACAGAAAUAGAAGAAUUACCGCCGAUUGAUCAUGGCAUUCCUAUUACAGACCGAAGAAGUACUUUUCAGGCACACUUGGCACCAGUAGUUUGUCCCAAACAGGUGAAAAUGGUUCUUGCCAGGUUGUAUGAGAAUAAGAAAAUAGCUAGUGCCACCCACAACAUCUAUGCAUACCGAAUAUAUUGUGAGGAUAAACAGACCUUCUUACAGGACUGUGAGGAUGAUGGGGAAACAGCAGCUGGUGGACGUCUUCUCCAUCUCAUGGAGAAUGGAUUGUUUUUUUUUCCUAAGAUUCUGAAUGUGAGAAAUGUCAUAGUGGUAGUAUCACGCUGGUAUGGAGGGAUUCUGCUAGGACCAGAUCGCUUUAAACAUAUCAACAACUGCGCCAGGAACAUACUGGUAGAGAAGAACUACACAAAUUUACCGGAGGAAUCAUCUAAGGCUUUGGGAAAGAACAAAAAAGUAAGAAAAGACAAGAAGAAGAGUGAGCACUAAUACCUGUUACCUUUGAAUGGUUAUUUUCCCUGUAAUUACAUGCAGAUCUCACAGUCAUAAAGGAAUACAUUGUGCAAGAGGAUCUGUUACUCUCAAGUCAGCCAGUUCAUCGUGGGCACCAGCAUACUCUUCUUGGGUUAUGAUAUCUGCCAAAAAUAGAGAACUUGUGAUAUAGUCAUAUAUUUCAGGCUUUUUGGAUGAAUGAAUUAGGAUUUAUUCACCACUUCAUCCAAUUUUAGGAGGGUAAAGUUGCCCAGGGCAGUAUUUGAAUUCACUGUCCAUCUCAGUACAUGUCAAGUGCCUUUGUUAGGUUGGGAAGAAAUGUCUCUAGAGGAAUACAGAUACCUGAUUUCUUGUCAUCAGGCUUCUCAUUUUGUUAAAUGAAUAUUAUCUUCUACUUGUCGUUGUGGCUUACUGGAAUUGGAGCUCACUGAAGAUUGAUCUUGGGGAGUUUCUUGUGAUUUUAGUUCGUAAGUAUAUCACCUUUUGUUUUAUGGUGUUCAUUGCUGAGUGGUGGUUCCGUGAAAACCAAGGAGUGUCCAUCUGUAGUUAUGUGCUGAAGUAGUGAUUCAUCUAACACAUAUGUUAGCCUAAAUGUAUGCCUCAAUUUUUGCAAAUACGUAACUGUGAAAUUUCAAAAAGUGAUUUCCUAGUUUCUGCUUUUUUUUGUUAAUUCUUGUAGAGUGAAACAGUCAGUAGUUUCUUUCCUCCUGACCUUGAAAUGUGUUGGUGUAAUAUUCUGGGUUUCUUUUUAACAACCUGAAGUACCUUUCUUGUGAUCUUUAUUGAUAAAUUAGAACUGUGCUAAAAGCUCUUCUCUGGUUAAUAGGACGUUUACAGAGUGGGGUGGAGGUGGCAGAACAACUGGUGUCACAUAGGAAAAUGCCCUCUAGUGAGAUAAAUGUGAUGUACACAUUCUGUCUGCACUCCAGCCAGCUUGUGCAAGUCCAUGGCUUUGUGGAGAGAAGGAAGGAACAAACCUUCUGCUUGGAAAAACAAAGACAAUCCCUCUUUUUUCCAUUCUUACCAAAUCUUUCUUUUUAUCAGUGUUUAUGUUCCUUCUUUCAUUGACCUCUAUGAAAGUUAUGCCGUUGACUUCUAGGCAUCUAGACAAUAAAUUUAUUCUUGAGAUAUGACAAUAAGUCAUCAACAGUUUCCUUUCAAAUAUGAUUGCAAACAAAUAUCAAAAGUUUUUAAUUGAUAAUGGAUUUGCCUGAGAUUCCCUUCCAAAGGGAGGGAACAGAAAUUAGUAGGUAAUUUGAGAUGGUGCUGGAUCCGAGAAAAGUGGACACAAGACAGACGUGUUUUUCUGUUCUCUGACGUUUACCCUAGGAUGGAUUCUGAGAAAUAAAAUCUGAAUUAUGUUUGUUGUAAGUGUGUUUAAUGUUGCCAGUUACCAAGAGUCAUCAGAGGAUGACCUCUAUAUAUUUAGAACACUUACUACAGAUUCCAUGAAAAGUAUGUCUUAUGUAUUAGCUGUUAAACUAAAAAGUUAAAAACCAGUAGUUAACAUUAAAAUAGUCUCACAGUUUUGGCAUAUGAAACCUGUGAAAGGAGAUACAAAACAAUUUGUUGCUACCGAAAAAUAAAUGAGUUAAUUUUUCUGCAACACCAAAUUUGAAUUUUUUGCUGUUUUAUCUAACAGUUAGUUUAGGUCUUUAUGGAAAACCUUUAUAUCUGUGGUCUUAUUUUUCCCUCAUUAAAAAAAAACCCUUAUUUUUGCUUCUUUCAACAAAAUUAUUCACCACAUUUUCCUGACUUGUUGCCUUUGCCCAAAGUUAGGUAGCUAGUAAGGAGAGAUCCAAAAGUCCAGCUCUGGAACUUGAGUUACUUCCUGCUCUACUAUUAGACUCCUAACUAAUGAUAAACUUUUUUCUGUAUUUAAAAUUUCUCUCAACUAGAGGAUUUUCAAAUUCUCCAAAUAAUAAUUUUCUAUAGCUACAUCUAUGCUAUGGCAUAUUUUAUAGCAUAUUGUAUUAGUUAAAAAUACUCUCCAUAUACCAGUAUCUAGGAGCAAUUAGCAUCUAUAUUUUAAAUGGAAAUAGCAGUGUUAUGAAACAGAGCCUGUUUGAAGAUAAUUAUUGGAACCUAAUCAUCACCAAGAAAGAAUAGCAUGAAGCAUACUAUUUGGAGGAUAGGUGAAAUUUAUUGGGAAAAUGUAUAACCACCUCUAAUUCUAUCUAGAGAUAACCAUUACUAACAUUUGAUAUGUACAUCCUAUUUUUUUUCCUAUGCAUGAUUUUGUAUAUAUGGCUAUUUUUAUUUCCAUAAAAGUGAUAUUAAACUGUAUAUACUGUUUUGUAUCCUGCAUAUUUCAUAUAGAAGUAUAUUGUUAAUGUUUUCCCAUGUCAAUAAAUAUUCUAUGGCUUAA